CCCCUGACUUAAGGUGUUGUGUUUGCUGCGCAUGCGCAUACGGAUCUUAGCUCGAUUUAACGGUUGUUUUAGUAGCGUUUUUUAUUACAGUAAGAGAACACAUGUUUUUACUCGACUACUUAUCUAGUUCAGAUGACAUAAACCGGGGGUGUUUUUGUGGAGGACGUUUGAAGAGACGACGACGACGAUAAUGACGUGUGUUGCAGUUCGCCUUGGACUCUUUCAACGGUCGUCUUUAAUCCCUUAAUUAGCGCAACGGAAGUCGUUGUGGCGACUUGUAAACACUUUGAACGUCAUUCCGCAUGAUAAAAGUCUAAAGGCGACAGAUGCCAAGUCAGCGCGGUUCGUACACAAGGGCUUACCCGCACUGAUGGCCUUCAGGUUGUCUCUGCCCGAGGCCGACCUCUCCUGCACCAUCUGCCAGGACAUCUUCAAGGACCCGGUGGUCCUCAAGUGCAGCCACAGCUUCUGCAGCCCCUGCCUCAAGCAGCACUGGGCCCUCCAGACCGAGCUCAGGUCGUGUCCGUUGUGCCGCAGCCUGUCGUGGGACGAGCCGGUGCCCUCCCUGACCAUCAAGAACCUGUGCGAGUCCUUCAUGCAGGAGGACGACGUCGACGAGAACGUCGACGAGGACGGCGAGCUGUCCUGCAGGCCCAAGGAAAUGUGCCUUCUUCACAGGGAGGAGCUCAAGCUCUUCUGCCUCGUCGACCAGGAGCCCAUUUGUGUGGUCUGCUCCAAGUCCAAAAGACACAAACAGCACGACUGCUGUCCUGUCAGCGAGGCCAUUGAGGACGUCAAGGCCAAACUGAAGGCAGAACUAUGUUCUCUGAGGCAGAGGAAGGACACCUUGGAGAAAACCAAGGGAAGCUUUGAGGACGCCAAGGCACACAUUCAGGUCCAGGCUCAGUACGUGCGCAAGUGCACCCGCGACGAGUUCGCCCGCCUGCGCAGGUUCUUCCAGGCCGAGGAGGAGGCCCGCAUGGUGAUGCUGCAGAAGGAGGUGGAGGAGAAGGCUCGCGCCAUGACGCAGAAGAUCAACCAGGCCAACACCAGCCUGGAGUCUGCGCGCGAGUCCAUAAAAGCUCUGGAGGACAGGCUGGCUAUGACGGGCAUCUCCGUCUUUCAGAAAGAAAAGCGCUCAAUGCCAGCAACUGCCUGUGAUGUCAGCCUGGUUGACAAGCAGGCGCCGCCGGUGACGGGGGGACUCAUCGACGAGGCCAAAUACUUGGGCUCGCUGAGCUUCCACGUGUGGCAAAAGAUGCGACACAUCGUCAAAUACACGCCCGUGGUCCUGGACCCGAACACGGCCGCCCCCUGGCUCGUCCUCUCCCACGACCUGACCAGCGUCAGCGACAGCGACAAGCGCCGGAUGCUGCCCGACACCCCGGAGAGAUUCAACCCCGACACGGUGGUGCUGGGCCGCCAGGGCUUCACGUCGGGGAAACACGUGUGGGACGUCAACGUGGGCGCCAACAUGGCGUGGGUGGUGGGCGUGGCUAAGGAGUCUGUCAAGCGUAAGCAGAAGGAGGCGCCGGUGCUGAAGAACGGCUACCUGACGCUCUACUUCUACCAGCAGAUGUACAUAGCGGGCACGUCCCCCUUGACCAAACUCUCGCUGAAGAAAAACCUGCGCAAGAUCCGCGUGCAGCUGGACUACGACAAUGGGUGCGUGUCCUUCUUGGACGGCCACAACAAAGCCCACAUCUACACCUUCCACUUUGUCUCCAAAGAGAGGCUGUACCCUUACUUCUGGGUGGGCUGUCAGCGCUGCCCCAUCAAGCUGGAGCCUGUUGAAGUCUUAGUGAAAGUCAUUGCCGACACCUUUUGAGUACCUUGCUAUGUCAGCAUCCUUUUUAUUGAACUUUUAUCUGGCCAUGGAGAGUUGCCUUAUUUCAAGGUCUUAAAUACUUCUUACAUGUUUCAGAUCCAGACUUUUACUAUUCUAUCAUUACCCGCACGUUAGUGAUCCACCUACAAAAACUGUGACUGUUGGGAGUAUUGAUUGAAAACAUUAAUACUCGUCUUUGUAUUUAAAUUUAUAUAAAAAUAUACUAUUAUUCAUAUACAAAAAGAUUCAACUGUGUGUUUAAUAGAAUAUUCCAAUUAACUAAAAUGUGCAAUAUUAUUUUGAUGUACUUUGGGAUUUAUUUGUAGUAAGUAAAAUUAAGUCAAUUAAAGAAGUUGACAGGCUGAUCAAAUAUAUGGAUUAUUUUUAAAUGCACUUAUUUUGGAAUGGUGCCUAUCGUUAAACAAACAAUCCUUAUGCGGCACAAGAACACGUGUAUUUUUUUUUUUGAGGAUCCUAAAGAUUAAAACGCUUGCAAGAUGCGGUUAAGGGCCGUCACCAUCGUAGCCUUCAAAGCCUUCUUAUACAACGUCAAAACAUUGUUUUAUGUACACAUUUUAUAUUUAUAUAUAUAUUUAUAUAUAAACAUACAGUACUGGGACACCCCUUCUGCUCAUUCAAUGGGUUUUCUUUAUUUUCAUGACUAUUUACAUUGUAGAUUGUCACUGAAGGCAUCCAAACUACGAAUGAACACAUGUGGAGUUAUGUACUUGACAAAAAAAGGUGAAAUAAACUCGUUUUAUAUUCCACUUUCUUCAAAAUAGCCACCCUUUGCUCUGAUUACGGUUUUGCACACUCUUGGCAUUCUCUCGAUGAGAUUCAAGCACACCUGCACUGCAAAAAGUCAAGUGAUCCACCUACAAAAACUGACUGUUGGGAGUAUUGAUUGAAAACAUUAAUACUCGUCUUUGUAUUUAAAUUUAUAUAAAAAUAUACUAUUAUUCAUAUACAAAAAGAUUCAACUGUGUUUAAUAGAAUAUUCCAAUUAACUAAAAUGUGCAAUAUUAUUUUGAUGUACUUUGGGAUUUAUUUGUAGUAAGUAAAAUUAAGUCAAUUAAAGAAGUUGAGAGGUUGAUCAAAUAUAUGGAUUAUUUUUAAAUGCACUUAUUUUGGAAUGGUGCCUAUCGUUAAACAAACAAUCCUUAUGCGGCACAAGAACACGUGUAUUAUUUUUUUUGAGGAUCCUAAAGAUUAAAACGCUUGCAAGAUGCGGUUAAGUCAAGUCAAGUCAACUUUAUUUAUAUAGCACAUUUUCAACAACUUUUUAGGUUGCACCAAAGUGCUUUACAGGUUAAAAAAGCAUGGAGCAAACAAAAAAAACAAACAAAACAAAACAAAAACAAAAAAACAACUAAGCAAAACAAAAAAAACAAACAAAAGAACAUAAACAAUGUUAAGGGCCGUCACCAUCGUAGCCUUCAAAGCCUUCUUAUACAACGUCAAAACAUUAAUGUUUUAUGUACACAUUUUAUAUUUAUAUAUAAACAUACAUACAGUACAGGCCAAAAGUUUGGACACACCUUCUGCUCAUUCAAUGGGUUUUCUUUAUCUUCAUGACUAUUUACAUUGUAGUUUGUCACUGAAGGCAUCCAAACUACGAAUGAACACGUGGAGUUAUGUACUUAACAAAAAAAGGUGAAAUAAACUCGUUUUAUAUUCCACUUUCUUCAAAAUAGCCACCCUUUGCUCUGAUUACGGUUUUGCACACUCUUGGCAUUCUCUCGAUGAUAUUCAAGCACACCUGCACUGCAAAAAGUCAGUGUUCAAAAACAAGGGAAAUACAAAAAUGAGGGGUAUUUUAUUUGAACUAAGCAAAAUUAUCUGCCAAUAGAACAAGAACAUUUGGCUUGUCAGGACUUUUCCAAAACAAGUAAAAAUUGGCUAACCUCAAUGAACCCAAAAAUACCUUAAAAUAAGUAUAUUCUCACUACUAUAUGAGUACGUAUGUUCUAUUGUUUCAUUGAAAAUAAAACAGCAGAGUCCAUUUGGCUGUCAUCUGUUUUAAUAUGAGACACAAUUGUGUCAGUCAUGAUUUUUUUUUCAUGCAUGAAAUAAGAAAUUAUUACUUUAAAAAAGUAGUUUUAUACUUGUGAGUGUUGAUGACAGCUUUGCAACACUUGAUAUUCUGGUUUCAAGCAUGUUUUACUCAAUAUAGCUCAUAAAAUCUCAGCAACAAGCUGUAAUAUCUUACCGAGAUAAUUUAGGACCAAAAACACUCUAACAUAAAAUCUGCUUAGUGAGAAUUGUCUUAUCAGACAGAAAAUAAGCAAAUAUCACCCUUAUUUGAGAUAUUUCAUCUUAGAUUUCAGUUUUUGCAGUGUGUGAAGUGAAAACCAUUUCAGGUGACUACCUCUUGAAGCUCAUCGAGAGAAUAAUAAUGGAUUAGAUUUAUAUAGCGCUUUUCUAGACACUCAAAAGUGCUUCACAGAGAAGUGAGAACCCAUCAUUCAUUUUUACAACUCAUCAUUCAUUCACCGGUGUGAGUGGCACCAGGGGCAAGGGUGAAGAAUGCCAAGAGUGUGCGUUACCAGCGUGUACCAGCCCGAUGUGUUUAUCACCGUAGACGGCUUUCAGACCUACCCCUCCUUCCUCAUCAGGUACAAAAAGUUGUCCAACGCGAAGCGGUCCAUGUUGGCAGAGAAUGCUUCGUUUGUCUCCACAAAGAACGUGAAGCGUUUGAUGUACCAGACGUUCUAUUUUUAGACAUACCAGGGAAAAGAGUACUUUCAGAAGGAUGAGGUGUUCGCUGACCUCUUUUAAUGUAAGAUAUAAAAGAGUUACCAGCACCGAGUGGCAUUGCUUGGCAACAAAAUGGAAAAUUGGUGAGGCCUUCCUCCUGCAGUGGAGUGAAAGAGGCUGAGGAAAAAGAGUCCCUUUAAAUCAGGGGUGUCAAACGUACGGCCCGUGGGCCGGAUCAGGCCCACAAACAGGUUUUAUCCGGCCCACAGGAUGAGUUUGCCAAGUAUAAAAAUAAGCGGAAUUUUUUUUUUAAUGAAAGAAACUGCUGUUCUAAAUGUGUCCACUAGAUGUCGCAAUAGCAAUUUGUUUCUUUGUAUAUGAUGGUAUAUAUGUAAAAAAAAAAGAAAACCACAUGUUAGUGCACCAGUCAAGGAAAAUGAUCAAACUAAAUAAAUAACAUCCUGUAAUUUGAUUUUGAUAUUUUUUUUGUCUUGAUAAAUUGAAAAUUAACACCAAUGAGUUGACUGAUGAACAUCAUCACAUCAUUUAUCCAGAAAGUAUAAAUAACGACAUAUAAAGGGGCGGCAUGGCAUAGUGGGUAAAGUGCCUGUGUCAGAAACCUGAGGUUGCAGGUUUGCUCCCCGCCUCUUACCAUGCCGUUGUGUCCUUGGGCAGGACACUUCACCCUUGCCCCCGGUGCCACUCACACCGGUGAAUGACUGUUGAAUGAAUGAUAGGUGGUGGUCGGAGGGGCCGUAGGCGCAAAUUGGCAGCCACGCUUCCGUCAGUCUACCCCAGGGCAGCUGUGGCUACGAAAGUAGCUUACCACCACCAGGUGUCAAUGAAUGAUGGGAUUUUAACAUGUAAAGCGACUUUGGGUACUUAGAAAAGCGCUAUAUAAAUCCCAGGUAUUAUUAUUAUUAUUAUUAAAGAUGGAAUACUAUUAACCGCAACGUGUAAGUGUAAAAAAAAACAUGAUUUGUACAUUUUCAGAAUGUGCUUGUUCUAUUUUUAAACAAAGAAAACAAACUGAAGUUGUCUUUAUUUUUAAGUCAUCGUGCCGUGAUUUUACCAGCCCGGCCCACUUGGGAGUAGACUUUUCUCCAUGUGGCCCCCCCAUCUAAAAUGAGUUUGGACACCCCUGCUUUAAAAUGUUUCUCCCUUUAAACCACAUUGCACUUUUUGAGAUUUUAAAACUAUUUUGUUCGCAGCCGACACUCGUUGAGAAAAGUUUUGGUUGUGAAUGAUUGUAAUUAUCGACUAUUUUAAAGUUAUCAUUCGAAAUGAUCUAUCGUUCUUGUCCAGUUUAGCGAAUCAUUUUAAAGUCAUUACAAUGUUGAGUUUGAUUUAUUUACAUUACAGCAUUAUCUGGGUUUUUGUGCACCCCACUUUUUGUCUGAUUUGGUUUCUGACAAAAAAGAUUUCCCCGGUUUUUGUACACUGUCUCAUUUAUUGUAUGGCCAAACAAUCUAGUCCCUUGGUGCAUGUAUCAUUCUACAUAAUGGAUGAAUCCCACGCGUUAGUGACUCAGUCUCUACUCUU